AUGACCCGAGACCGACACGCAAGCCGCGCGAGCUUCGCAUGCGUCCGCUGCAAAAAGGACAAGAGGAGAUGCGACAUUUCGCAAAUCCUCAGCGCAGGAGACCGACCAGAACAGUCAUGCACGGCAUGCCGCAACAAGAACGAAAAGUGCGAGGUCCGCUACGGCGAGGACAAGCGCAGCCAACGCCAGCCGAACGAGACCAAGGUCCUGCAGAGGCGGAUGCAAGCACUCGAGGAGUUUGUGAAGACGGUUGCCAAGGCCGACGGCAAAGUCCCCGCGCCGUCCAGGGACAACAUCGACGCCGACUGCGUGCUGGAGCAGGCCCAGCAAGCCUUUGACGACUUCCAGAGAUCCAGGAUACGCGCGUUUCCGAGUCCCGUGAGCUCGUCAAGUCCGAACGCGCACAUGACGACGAUAUCGAUAUCGCCCCCGGAAGAACAACAGACUUGGACAUCGACAUCACACGACGAACCCACGACAGCCUCGCUCCGUUCCGUUUCGUUUUCGGGCCAGAACAGGCCAAAGGUUGACGGUCUGACGCCCAACUCGCUUCGUUCCUCGUCCUUCUCGGCCCCGAGCAGACCAGACUUCGACAUGAUUUCCGACGACUUCCCCGCGGCCUUGGACGAGACGGCCUCUCCGAGCAGCAUGCACGAUUUCGACCAGUUCCUGGGCUCGGCGAGUCUGUUCCCUUACUCCGAGAGCGCAGGGAACGCGACAAACAUGAAACCGGGGGUUUGUCACUCGGAAAAGGAGGCGAGCUUGCGGUCGCGGAUGGCCCUCGAGACGUUUCCCGAACCCGAGCCCAUUGUGACCUAUCUGCUGGACCUUUUCUGGCAAUGGCAGUCGUCCUAUCUGCUGGUUGUCGACCGUGACCUGUUCCUCCGCCACAGACAGAUAUGGGAUGAGAGUGACGGCCACGGCGAUCGCGACUUUUACUCCCCAUGCCUGUUGUACGCCCUGCUUGCGCUCGCGUCCAUGAUCAGCCUCGACAGAGGGGUCACGCGAUACUCUGCUUCGCCGGACGGCGUCGUCGGCGAGGGGUUCGCGAAGCGGGCGCGCGCGCUGUUGGACCUGGAACUGGACCACCCCAAGAUCACGACCGUCCAGGCCGCAUUGGUUCUCGGCUGUCGUUACGGGUCCAUGAAGGACAACUCUCUGGGAUGGAUGUACAGCGGGAUCGCAUUCAGGAUGGCCAGCAAGCUGGGGCUUCAUCUCGACCAAACCAAGGCCGUGGCGUCUGGUCAGAUGACAUCAGAAAUGGCCGAGCUCAGGCGUAGGGUCUUUUGGGGCUGCCACAUCGAGGAUAACCUUUUCAGCGCGUAUUGUGGAAGGCCAAACUCCUUCAUGGAGUGGGAUAUCACUGUUGCUGUCCCUGAUCGCCCGCUGGAGUAUUUCGCACAGAACAAGUCCGAUUUGUCCCCAGCCCUGCUUCAUGCCACUUCUACUCUCUCAGUCUUAUGUUCCAAAGUACUGGUUGGUAUACACCGGCAAAGGAGUCAGUCUAUCGCCGGCGGGCUGAGAUCUAAAGCCUCCCAGUUGCACAGGGAGCUUUGGAAAUGGCGUCAAGAUCUACCCGAGGCCCUGACGUGGUCUUGCGACCGAAAUGUCAAUAACUCAACACAACCCCAGGUGUUUGUCUUGCACCUGCAUUUUUACUUUGCUCUCAUUCUCCUCCAUCGCCCAUUCUUGCGGUUCCCACGAGAGCCCAACGACUCCAGGAACAACAACGUCGAGCCCUCUCAAUCAUCAACAACCUGCGCCACAGCCGCUGCAAACAUCACAAAGUUGCUGAGCAACUACAAGCGCUCUUACAACAUCCGGCAGCUGCCGCCGUCCGCCGUCCACUUCAUCUUCAUCGCCGGAAGCAUCCACCUCGUCAACCUUCGCUCGACCAAGCUCGAAAGCCACAACACCCUGCUCCAAAGCUCGCUAGAAGCCCUGUCGGAGAUUGGGAAAUCAUACCCUGUGGCCCAGAUGGCAGCUCUGGAGCUCGAAGGGCUGACCGAGAAAUGGAAGUCGUCGAACAUGCCAGAAACCGCAAAGCCUAUCAGCGGACAGCGCAGGCCAGAAGAAAACAUCAACGUCGGACUUGAUAACGACGGCAAGGUGGACAGCUCGCAUGCACUCCCCAACUUUUUGGACGUCAACUUUUCGCCCCUGAAAGAACUGGAUGGAUACUUCGACUCGUGGAACAGUCAGCAGCCUACUGUUGAUUUCGAUUACGGAUACAUGGACCUGGGACAGGCUGGCGCUGAACGAGCUCUGGACCCUGGCAUGGGAUGGAUGUCUCAUGCCGAUUUUGGCGGCAUAGAAGGGGGAACAUAUCCUUGGCUGUACAACUAA